CUCAGAUCUCGUGCCUGCCGCAGCUCAACGCGCCGCCGGUGUCUUACCCCGGCGCUCCGCCGCUGGUGAUGCGCCCGCUUGGCCAGAUGCCGGGGUACCCCGGGCAGGGCCCGCCUCCCAUGGCGAGGGGACCUCCGCCACCGAUGCCGCCCGGGAAAUUUGCUCCUAGGCCCGGCGGUGCUCCACCGUAGCCUUACCCUGUUCCGUCACAGUUUGGACAGCGUCCCAUGGGGCCUCCUCCUCCUGGUCAGAUGGUAAGGGGUCCUCCGGCACCGCCUCAUCCCGGGAUGCCCGCUCCGCCACCGCCUCGCCCCGGCAUGCCACCACCACCUGGAGGUGGUGUUCCAGAGUAUGGUCCUCCUCGACCUGGCAUGCCCCCUCCGCCAAACCCUCUGAAUCAACAGCAACAGUAAUGGGAGAAGGGAUUGAUAGGGGUCUGAUUGUCCCAUCAAAAGAAAAAAAGAAAGAAAAAAAAUCUAGCUUGAUUAGGAAGCUUGGGCGUAGUAAAAGUGGAAGGAUUUUAUCCCAGUCUCAAAAUGCUCCUGGAUUAGUUGGCUUGUUGGAAACUAUGCGUGUUCAAAUGGAGAUAUUUCCAGUCUGCAGUAUUAGACCUGAAAGCUCAACUCAAGCCAGCUUCUAUGUAGGUAUUGUUUACCAUUAAGUGUUUUAACUGGAUCUCUGAAAAUAAUCUUUUUCACUGAUCAUCCUUCAUUCUUUAUCAAUUA